GUUUUUGAAACUCCAGAUCCGCCUUGAACAUAGCUCCAAUUCAGAUACCUGAGAACUUAUUCCCUAGGUGUUACCUUUCAGGGAGACAUGUCCCCAAACUGUGUCCCACCGCUGUAGCAGUCAAAUUGUCAAUUUGUAUUGACUGGUUGAUUUAGGUUUGAGACCACGGUUGGGGUCCAAGGCUGCACCUUGAUUAUUUGGCAUCAGCAGGACCGGCACACCCUGAGAGAGAUGUGCCUGAGAGACUACGCUCAGGGCUGAAAUAUCAGGAAACGGUAAUAGUCAGGAAGUGUUGCUGUGGAUCGAGUACGAGGAAAGGUUAGGCUACACAUUUAUUUUGCUUCACAGCCCAGCCUACUGUUUCAUUGAACGUUAAAGCAAUCUCAGCAGCCCCUGCUGUUCAGCAAUGCCUCUUUUUCGGGCUGUGGGUAAACGUGGGGCGAAGGCUCAGCCCGGGCGAAGGAGGAUGAGGAAUACGGAGUGGAUGGGGGGCUGCGGGAAGACAGAUGAGGAUGGCUGUGUCCUGUCCUUGACACGGCUGUGUCUGCUGAGCCUUGCUGACAACAUGAAGGAAGUGUGGGUGAAAGACUAUGCCGACAAGUACCUGGAUCAUUACUCCUUCAGACACAUCAUGGGGCCUUUCAACUUACUGCCGGGUGAGCUGGUUGAGGAGCUGACUUGGCUGCUAUGCACCAGAAAGCAGUUGUCCCGGGCAGCCCUCCACCUCCUACUAGUCCCCCAACUCCGUGGCCUGUCUCUGGAAAGGUGUUCUAGUCUGGUGUCCUCUGCUCUCUGUUUCUACAUUGCUGCACGUUGCCAGGGUCUAUGGAGUCUGGACCUAUCUGGGGCCCAGCAGCUGCCUUCAAAGGCCCUGUCUGAAACGCUCUGCUGUCUACCUGCCCUGCGCUCGCUCUCCCUUGCUGGUACACCUUGUGACAGAUGUGUAAUCAGGACAAUUGCCCAUUGCUGUCCUUUGUUGCGCCAUCUGGACGUAUCCCGCUGUCAUUUGCUUUCCCCUGCUGCACUACUUCCUCUUGGAGGUAGGACUUCAAUUACAUCCUCUGGCCCUCCAUCUAACAGUCUGCUGGCUCUGGAUAUUGGCUUUGGGGAACAAGAGGGAGACCGUGUGGCGGCAGCAGCCUACCUCCUCCUCUCCCUGCCCUGCCUAGAGAGAGUGGCCUUGGAGGGCCUAGCGCAGGCCUGCUAUCUCAUCAAGCACAGGGAGUUCGACCAGACGGAGGGGUUCACCGACAGAGAAGGAGCUCCCAGGCUGGUGGAGGUGUGGAAGGAGUGGAGGCGCAGGCAGAGCAUGGACAGUUGGAGGAAAAAGAGAGAAGGAGCAGCAGCAGAGGACGAAGAUGAGGAGAAGGAGGAGGAGAGGAUUUUGUGGGAGCGGUGUCGCAGUGAGAGUGAGGAAGAUGCUAGUAUUGAUGAAGGGCCAAGUGGCUCUCACAACCAAGCAGAAGAAAAAAGGAGUGGCAUAGUUUCAUCACAGUCGGGAGAUGAACGCCUGAUCCUGCGCCUAAAGGACGUCAAGUGCUUAACAUGUGACUCUCUGGACAGUCUAAGUCAUUUAUGUCCAAACAUCCACUUCAUAUCUGUGAAUGUUGAUGAUUAUGAAGAUGCUAGAGGAAGAAGUCUAGGGUCUCUGUUAGCUGCAGGCCUCCAGACAUGGUCAGGCCAGCUGCGGAGCUUCUCAAUACACUACCCAGGCCCUCUGGUGGACCUCCUUCCUGCUUUGCAGGUUGCAGGCUCCUCCUUGAUCUCCCUCACCCUGGAAGGGAUGAAAACCAGCCCUCACACCCCUCUACUGGAGGUCAUCAAGGCCUGUCCCAGACUCAGAGACCUGUUCAUCUCUGCUGAGCCUCCCACCACGCCACAGGAAGAAGAAGACGAUGAGGGUCAGCGGGAUGAUCUGGAUCUUCCACGGUUGCCCAACCUCUGCUCUCUCACACUCAAAUUCUCCUACGAGCACAGCCAAAUGAAGCCUGUCAUAUCCUGGAUGUCUUUGAAGAGGGUGCUCAAGUGUCUCCUGACCGGUUCUCCUUUACUGGAGAAGCUCUCACUCGUCUCCCUGCCGUGCCCUCUGAACUGCGUUUUAAAGGAUGUGCUAGGCGUAGUAGACUCGGACCUGUAUCUCUUUGCAGAUUCCACAGACUUGCCCCCCACGCCACUUGGACGGGUACAACACAUUGAGCUGCAGCGGACAGAUGUAAAGAUGAUGACAGUGAAAAGUAUAAUGCAACAGAGCAAAAGGCUCAAAUAUGUAGAUGUGAGUUACUGCUGGCAAAUCAGUCAGCUUGACUGGUUGGACUGCGAAACAUACAGUAAAGUCCACAUUGUCUGGUUGUGAUGAAGAGACGGGCAGCGUCCAAUACAGGAGCAACACUGCUGCUGACAGUGGAUAAAUAAGGCUUUAAUGAUUCAAAAAAUAAAAAUAUGCACAUUUUUUCCUUUGCAUUAAGAUAUCCGCUUGAAUGACAUCAACUCUAAAACUUGUUAUUUACUAACUAAAACAAUGAUUGAUUGCCCCAAAACAUGGGGCUUAUUCAUACACUGUAGUGCCUUGAAUGAAUUAAAAAAUGUAUCUUCUGUAUGGCAUUUUAAAUAAAUCCUUUGACUAUCA